AGGUUAUAUUUUUGUAUCGUACCUACUCUGAGAUCCUGUUCCGUUAUAAUACACUUCAUACAGGAAGUUGGGCAACAGAAAAGGAGAUAAAGGAAAAUUCAUAUAGACCUACUAAGUCACCGACUUUCAGAUAUUAACAAGAGUAGUAGAAUGGCAGAGACACAUAGCUUUGGUGUGAACCCAAUCACCUGUCAUGCAUGGAACAGAGAUCGAACUCAGGUUGCUUUAUCACCCAAUAAUCAUGAAGUUCAUAUAUAUCAGCGAGCUGAUGGUGACUGGAAACUUGUAGAUGUUCUUAACCAGCAUGAUUUACGUGUUACGGGCAUUGACUGGGGACCAUUGACUAAUCGGAUUGUGACCUGUGCUGUAGAUCGUAAUGCAUAUGUGUGGACUCAGGGGGAUGAUGGAAAAUGGAAACCAACAUUGGUUCUACUCCGCAUUAAUCGUGCUGCAACUUGUGUAAAGUGGUCUCCACGUGAGAACAAGUUUGCUGUGGGUUCUGGAGCUCGACUGAUCUCGGUGUGCUAUUUUGAAAGUGAGAAUGAUUGGUGGGUAUCAAAACAUAUCAAGAAACCCAUUCACUCAACAAUCACUUCAAUCGACUGGCAUCCAAAUAAUGUCUUGCUUGUUGCAGGCUCUGCUGAUUUUAAGGUACGGGUUUUCUCAGCGUUUAUUAAGGAUAUAGAGGAUAUGCCUCCACCAUCGCCCUGGGGAAUGAAGGUGUCCUUGGGUCAGUUAUUGGCAGAGUUCCCUAACUCAUUGGGUGGAGGUGGUUGGGUUCAUAGUGUUGCAUUCUCUGGAGAUGGAAACCGUGUAUGUUGGGUGGGACAUGAUUCUUCUGUUUCUGUUGCUGAUGCAACCCGUCAGAUGGCUGUGAACAAGUUGCGUACAGAAUUCCUUCCAUUCCUAAGCUGUGUGUGGGUUGGACCAAAUUCAUUGGUUGCAGUGGGUCACAGCUGCUAUCCAAUGUUGUAUUCUGUAAAUGAAAAUGGAGUGUUGUACGUAAACUGCAAAUUGGAUGUUUCACAAAAGAAAGAGGCAGGUGGGUUGAGUGCUAUGCGAAAAUUCCAGAGUCUUGACCGGCAGGCCCGUAUUGAAACAAAUGACACCACAUUAGAAACAAUCCAUCAAAAUGCCAUUACAUGCUUGUGUCUCUACAAGGGAGGCAAGGGAUCAGCCUCUAGAGUCAGUACAAGUGGGCUGGAUGGUCAGCUUGUUAUAUGGGACUUGCAGUCACUGGAAAAUGCAAUCCAAGGAAUGAAGAUUGUCUGAGUUGUCAGAUUAUAUAAAAGAAUAUAAUACAUACAAGACUAGUAAAUUAAAACUUCAACCCUCAAGAUAUAUAAAUUAUUAUUACAGAAAUAUGUCCAUGCUUAACAGUAGUAAUUCCAAAGUUAACAGUGACAACUGUAAGUACAGUAUUUACCAAAUUAUUGCUACAAAUAAUUAUAUUUUACAGGCACAGUCGUGUCUGUACAUCUGUGGUAUCAGGUGGAAAAGCAUACAGUUCCACUAACUGUGUAUCUUUUUUAAUUUUUUGUAUUUAUCGUAUAUUAGCUUCACUGACACUGCAUCUUCCACUGCCAUUCCUACAAAUGAAAGAGAAGAAUAUACAAUAAUAAAAUGAGGCUUAACUAUACAGUA